AGCAAUAUAAGCAGAUAAGUAAUGUCCAUACAGUUAUGAAAAACAGCAUCUACAAAAGAAAUGUGCCCCCCAAUUUAUAGAGAAAAUGCCUUAUUUGACACUAACUUAAAAUGAGGUUCCUUAUCUGGCCCUGGAGAAAAUUCUCUUCCCUAUUUGACAUCUAGUCUUAAUUUCUUCCCUUAUGUGACAACCACCAUUGGUUCUGUUACACCGUUCUGUCAAAAAAAAUCAGGUGGACCAAAAUACCCCUCUACUAGUCGCUAUCCUAUAUCAAACCGAAAAAACAAUCCCGACCGAACCAUCCCUCUCGUCCCUGUCUUGAGUCCCCACCCAACCUGAACCCUAGCAGCGGCGGCGGAGUGCUGACUCGUAGCGGCGGUGGCGGCAUGAGCUGAGGGGCCAUGGACCAAGGGGUGGCUGCGGGUGGCGGCUCAGGCACGGCUGCGGGGCCCGGAGCAAGCACAGCGGCGGACGGCGACCCAGGCACAGGGGAGGGCAGCCAAGGCAGGGCUGGGGAUGGUAGCCAAGGCACAGCGGCGGGAGGUAACAGCGCGGCUGUGGAGAGCUCGUCGGUGAGCUCAGCUGCGGGCGCAGGCCAUGGCGCGGCUGCGUGCUCAGCUGCAUGGUUGAGCGUGGAGGCGGGCUUGGGCCACGGUGCGGCUGCAGGCUCGACUUCAGGUUCAGCGUCGUCGGCGUGUCUAGAAGGGAUGGAUCCAAAUUCAAGUUAUGUGCUGAAAAUUAGAUUGCUUGGCAACCCCAAAAAAAAGAACUAGAAAGGAGACCAGUGUUUUUAUUUUGAGAAGGUUAUUUAUUCUGACUUGACUGGUAGUUGUGAACUAGUACUGAUGUAUGUGGUGAAUGUGAACCUGGAUGUGAUGUA